AUGGCAGAAUUCAAUGUGACACCCGAGCAGCGGGCGUCGCAAGGUGCCUUCUUCAGGCGCCAGCUCUUCUCCAAACCGCCGCACACGUCGCGGCGCGAGGUCGACCUUGCCGGGAAGACCGCCAUCGUCACCGGCUCCAAUACCGGCAUCGGUCUGGAGUGCAGCCGCCAGCUCCUCGGCCUCGGCGUAAGCAAGCUUAUCCUUGCUGUGCGCAGCGAAGCCAAGGGCGAGGCCGCCAAGAAGGUACUGGUGGGGAAAAAGGCCGGCACGACGCAGACCGUCGAGGUGUGGAAGCUCGACCUCUCUAGCUACAAGUCCGUGAGCGACUUCGUCGUGAAGACUCAGACCUUAGACCGCCUAGAUAUCGUCGUCCACAAUGCCGGCGUAGUCAAGGUGGAGCAGGAGAUCAACCGGAGCACUGGGCACGACGAGGUCAUCCAAGUCAACUACUUGUCUACCGCGCUCCUGACCAUCCUCCUACUACCCGUGCUCAAAGAAAAGAACUCGCGGCAGAAACCCGGCCGCUUGGUCAUUGUCUCGUCCGACGUCGCCUCCUGGGCCCAGUUCAAGGAGAAGACCUCGAACCCGCUGCUGCCAGCCUUCGACACGAACCAAUUCUUCGACGGGCAAGACCGCUAUUACACUUCGAAACUCCUCGGACAGAUCUUCCUGUCCGAGCUGGAGAGGCACGUCCCGUCGUCGGGCGGCGUCGUCGUAAACUGCGCCAACCCUGGCCUGUGCUACGGGUCAGGGCUCAACAGGGACUCGAACGGUACCGGCGCCGGCUUGAUAUUCGGCGCCUUCAAGCGGGUCGUGGGCCGGUCUUGCGCCGCGGGCGCCUGGUCGCUGACCAACGCAGCCGUCAAGCACGGCGAAGAAUCCCACUGCAAGUAUAUCGAGGAGGGGAAAUUGCAACCGAUGUCACCGCUCGUGUACACGGACGAAGGGAAGCAGAUUGCGAAGUUGCUCUGGAAGGAGACGAUGGAUGAGCUUGCGUUUGCCAAAGUCGACGAUAUCAUUGAAGGAUUGAGCAAAUAA